ACACCUUCUCCGGGGUCAAAUUUCUCGGGAAGACCAGAGCUGCCUCUUCGGGGAGAACCGAGCGGAGCCUAGAUCUGCUCUUUGGAUUUAUAAAGUUUUGGGUUUUUUUCUUCUUUUUGCGGCCUGCUGCGCCUCGGACGCUCUACCGGGAUGACGCCGCUGCUGCUCUGAUGAGAUUCGGACACAGAUUUGGGUCUUGAGGCCGCAGAGACACCGAGGAAAAACGCGGCAAACGAGCACAUCUGCAGUCCGGCUCAGCAUGAACCUCAUCGGGGGCUACCAGCAUCACCACCACCUGAUGCACGAGCCCUUCCCGUUCGUCCAGCGCUGCCACCAGGACGCGCCCUACUUCCAGAGCUGGGUGGUGAACCACGGCGAGGUGCCCCCGGACUUCCAGAUCCAGGCGCCCUACCCGGUCGCGGAGCUCGGCGCGCCCGGAGCGACGCACGAAGGCCGGCUGGAGGGGCUCCAGGCCGGGAUGGGGAAGCGGAGAGCGUCGGGGCCGAAGAAGGAGCGCCGGAGGACGGAGAGCAUCAACACGGCGUUCGCAGAGCUGCGGGAGUGCAUCCCCAACGUACCGGCGGACACCAAGCUGUCCAAAAUCAAAACUUUACGCCUGGCGACGAGCUACAUCGCGUAUCUGAUGGACGUCCUGGCCAAAGACUCCGGAGAGACUGAAGGCUUUAAGGCCGAGAUUAAGAAAUUUGAAAACCGGGAUUUGAAAAGGAAACGGGAGCUGCUGACCGACGGCCUGCACGAGUCUUUAGGAGCCGAGAAGAAGGCGAAGGGUCGGACCGGGUGGCCGCAGCAGGUCUGGGCUCUGGAGCUCAACCAGUGAAGAAACAAACUGAAUAAAAACCCAAAAAACUCCUCACAGACUCUGGAUUCAGAUGUGGGUUAAAGAGAUGAAAUAAAAACCACUGACUGGGUGAACCUGAACGCGCCGCCGCCGUGCGUAAAAAGCCCCGGAGAGGUCGUGGACGCUUUUUGGACACGUCGCUGCUUCUUCUUCUUCUCGUCCUCAUGUGGUUUGUUCUUCUGUUUGAAAUGCGCCAUUUCUGUUCUUCCUAAUGUUUCCACCCUGCAGGACUACGCGCCAGAUGUGCCAAAGCAACAUCUGUCUCCCCUGAAAAACGUGUUUGUUGUCCGGCUUCGAAAUAAAGAAGUUCAAUCGAAAUGGAGGAAUUUAAAAAGCCGCUUUAACGCGCAGAAAAGUCAAAUUAAAAGUUCUAUUUUUAUUAAUAUUUCAGGUGCAGAAUUUAUCUCCUCCAAAAUCCGCUUUUAAGUUAUUUUUUCGAUGUUGAUUUUUACAUUUUUUUACAUCGUCAAUCAGAAAACAGUUGAGCUUUGUGUUUAAUUUGAUUUUUCAUAAUUUCUUUACCUUCCUUAUUUCACUCAUUCAGGUCUAAAAGCUUUUAUUUUAUUUUAUUUUAAUUGUUUUUACUAUUGUCGAUUUCAGAUUUGGAAAAGUUCCCUAAUCAAGUGUGUUGAGGUUUAAUUUUAAGCUUUAAAUUAGCUAAAAUAAACCAGAAGCACAUUUUUGAUUUUAAUUGAACCAAACAAACGUAUUUCUUUUUUUUCAUGUUAAAUAAUAAAAAUAAAGCUCAGAUCGCGGGCGGUGGAAACACAUUUUUGAGAGGAAACGGUUUGUUUUCUUAUUUUAUUUUCUUUGUCGCCGCUGGUUUGUCGCAGUCACAGUAUUUUAUUCUGAGAAUUAAACUCUUGAAGUUUGUUUUUGGUGGAAAAAAAAAAAAAACUAAAUCCUGAAUCUACCUCAGAAUGAAAAGAGAGAAAACACUUCAGAGUUCAGCAGCUUCUCACUCCGACAGAAAACGCAAAAAAUUAAACCAAGAGAAAAAAAGGUGAAAGUUUUAUUAUUGUGCCAGAUGUGCGUUAGAUGUGAAGUUCUAUAUAUUUAGUUCCAUAAAUAAAUGAAUUAUUUUAAGACUCUA